UAAUUCGAUCUUGUAAUUUAUAGAAAAAGGCAGGCUUCGGUAAAACCAUCAGUAUUUACUUAAACAUCACAUAUGUAACAUUGCUAGCAUAACCAAAAUUUGUAUAAUAUUUUGUAAAAGAAAUUCCCAAAAUUUAAAGAUAUAUCUUUUCCGCUAAAUUUCAUAUACCUAUACUGUAGUUAAUCUGUGCCAUGGGAGACCCUCAUGUGAAGCCCUAUUCGAAGGCGGAGGCCAAGGCCCUUAAGAAGUUCAUGAGGAUUUACAAGAAGACUCGUGCCAACAUGGACGACGAAGAGGUCAAGAGAACGGGGGAAAAUGCCUGGGGGAAGCUAACGCCCCAUCAGAAAAAGAUAUUUGAAGUGAGGCCAAGAGUUACUAUCCGUAAUCAGGACAAGAGGAAUCCCACGGUUAGGGCCAGCAAAACUGUGCCAAGUCCCAAGAUGAGUUUGCAAAAGGCCGCCAGGAGUUGGUCAAAACUCACAAAACAAGAGAAAGAUCAAUUUCGUAAGGUAGCUGCAACAAGGAAACAGAAAGUGGCAGAGGAUCUUUGAAACUAUGGGCUAUGAUUAAUUGAAGAUCCAGAAAUA